UCUGUCAAAUUGGACUAAUUGUAAAGUUAUUGUUUUAGGUUAGAAAUUACACUAUAUAAAACAUUAUAAAAUACAAAGAUAUAAUUGCCUGCGAUGGCUUUAAAUCGUUUAUUCGCAGGAUUGACUAUAGCCAUAAAACCAACCGUUGUUGGUAGAAGGGCCAUUCAGGUGGCAGCAAUUAAUUAUGCUAGUAAACCAAGUCUCGUCAAACCAAAACCUGGAUUUGGGAAAAGUUAUAGAAGAAUAGUACAUUUUCCAGAGGAAUAUACUGUAAAGCCUUUAGAAGUAACAAAUCUAGCUGGUCGUGAUCCUGUGUCAGGCAGAGUUGUAGCAAAAGGAAUCGGUGGAGGAAUAAAGCAUAAAUAUCACUGGAUAAAUUGGAUUAGAGAUGGACCAACUGAAGGCCCACCUCAGGAAGAAAAAGUUAUUCAGAUAUUAGAAUGUGGUUGCAGAACUGCAAAUGUAGCUUUAGUAGCAGUAGGUGAUAAGCUGAAAUAUAUACUUGCAACUGAGAACAUGAAAGCUGGUGACAUCAUUAAAACAUCUCGUCAUCUACCCAGGAUACCAGUGAGGGCAAAUGAAGGAGAUGCGUAUUUAUUAGGAGCACUUCCAACAGGCACUAUUGUGCACUGCAUUGAAAAAGAGCCCGGACAAGGUGGCCUUUAUAUCCAUGCAGCUGGUACGUUUGGUACUAUUCUGCGAAGACAAGACGACCGUAUUAUCGUACAGAUGCCAUCAAAGAGAUUAUUUAGUUUCAGUCAGUACUGCAUGGCUGUCGUUGGACGUUUGUCAAACAUAGAACACGGUUCAACACCAAUAGGUUCACCUCAAAGGAACAGAUGGCUCGGCAACCGGCCACGGUCAGGUCUCUGGAAACGGAAGGAUGGUAGACAUGGACGUAAGAUUAAACCUCCGAAGCCAGUGAAGGAGAUCCGUCAGGCAACAAAAUUCCCAUUGCCAGAAAUUAAGAUGAAUAUGCAUCCUUGAACGUGUUUUGUAAAAUAAAUGUAUAUUUAUUAGUAUUUAUCA